UCCAGAAGCACCGCGACCCUCCGCACUGGAGACAGUCCCGGCUCUUCCCCACAGUCUCUCCUUCCGCCCCUGGGAUUCUCCAGACUCGUUCGCCGCUACAACCGUCCCGGCCCAGGAUACUCUCCGGGCUCCGGACGGCGCAUUGUGGCUGGUGGGAACACCGAACAUCCCUCUCUCCCCCCCGCAAACUGGCAAUGGGCGGAUUUAGAGGCGGUGGCUGUCCCGCCUCUGGUGAGGAAGAUAAUGGAAGUGACCGGGUUAAACUCCCAGUGUAGAGAGGCGUCUGAUUUGGAAAUAGUCUGGGUUAAUUCGGUCUUUCCUGUCCACCUUAUAAUUCUGUACACCUGCUCCCAACCUUCUUUCAUUACCAGCGUAGAAAUUGCGGACUGAAUUUUUCAAUGAUUCUGUGAUAUUUGGAACCUUCUGUCUCCAAAGCCUGUGCCGAGCACGUUAGGAACAUCGUUACUAGGUCAGGCACCCGUGCCUGAACGUUGGGCUGCUGUAAUCCUGAUAGGGUGCAUUCCUUGGCAUCGGGAUUUCUGGGGUAUUAGAAGUGGAGGAUUUGCGUAUGGGAAUCUUAAACCCAACAUUGCAUCAGAUCUGCACUCAAUUUACUAGCACCUGAAUAUCGCUGGCCUUGGAGAAUGGAAGGAGAGAUGCUUGUCUGUUUGAUUUCUGGGUAAAAAGUUCAAACCACAGUGUGAUCGUCAAGGCAGUGAGGUGCGCACACACAUUGGAGCAAAAGUAUUCCAGAGCAUUUACUGCGGAAAGAACCUUAUCCAGUUACACAGCCAAAGAGACCCAUUAUUCAGAGCUGGCAGAAAUCAAACACAUCUGUGUGUGAGGUUUUCAUGACCCAAUCUGUAGAGAAACCAUGUAAAAUUUCUUCAGCUCUCUGAAGGAGUGGGGCAGAUAUUUCCCUGAUAAGUGGUAUGUCAGUGCAGAUUGUUGAUAAUCAGAAAAAGAACAAUUUCCUAUCUUGGGUACAAACGUGCAUCAUAAUAGGGAGCAACUUCACCUUCUUUGUCUGGAAAGAGGUUCACUAAAAUUUUCCUUCUAUUUAAAAAAACAAGCCAUUUCAGUGUGCUGCUCAUGGGAAUGCCCAUUGGUGAUCCAGUGCUCCAAUAAUACACCCGCACAUCACACUGUUCAGCAGCUUUAAGUAGAAAGCAAAGUUUUCUAGCUGACCUACUGGUGUGUUUAUACAAGGGAGAAAUCAAACACUCGCUGUCUGUGGGAAAGGAUUCACUCUGUCACCCGACCUGAUGGGACAUCAGCGAGUUCACACCGGGGAAAGACCAUUCACCUGCUCUGUGUGUGGAAAGGGAUUCUCUCAGUCAUCCAGUCUGAUGAGACACCAGCGAGUUCACACCGGGGAGAGGCCGUUCACCUGCUCUGAGUGUGGGAGGGGAUUCACUCAGUCAUCCAGCCUGAUGACACACCAGCGCGUUCACACUGGGGAAAGGCCAUUCACCUGUUCUGAGUGUGGGAAGGGAUUCACUUUGUCAUCCAAACUGCUGACACACCAGCGGGUUCACACUGGAGAGAGACCAUUCACCUGUUCUGACUGUGGGAAGAAAUUUACUCGGCUAUGUAACCUGCUGACACACCAGCGAUUUCACACUGGGGAGAGGCCGUUCACCUGCUCUGAGUGUGGGAAGGGAUUCACUCAGUCAUCUGACCUAUUGACACACCAGCGAGUUCACACUGGGGAGAGACCAUUCACCUGCAGUGAGUGUGGGAAGGGGUUCACUCGCUCAUCUGACCUGUUGAGACACCAGAGAGUUCACAAUGGGGAGAGGCCAUUCACCUGCAGUGAGUGUGGAAAGGGGUUCACUCGUUCAUCUGAUCUGCUAAUACAUCAGCGAGUCCACUCUGGUGAGAGGCCGUUCAACUGCUCCAUAUGUGGGAAGGGCUUUGGCUAUUCAUCCAGUCUGCGGAAGCACCAGCGAAUUCACAUGUGACUGCAGAGGUAGUGUUCUGCUGUUAAUCAUAUUCAGGAUUGAAUCAGGUUCAUUCCUGCAGUCCUGGGUUGUUUAUUGCUGAUAAUGGCCCCAAUAUCUGGGCUGGUAUUUAACAUUCUGGCUUUGUACCAAAUAAAUCGAUUUGAGUUAACCAUUCAGGUUAUUGAAUCUUUGUCAUUUCUCUCAGAAUAAGACAGAAGUCCAGUCAGGGCAUCAAUUUCACGCUGGCUGUUUGUAGACCAAUCCUAUCGGUCUCAUUCUCACAGUAUUUCCUUGUAACCCUGCCAAGUGCCUAUGCAAUUCCCUUUUGAAACUCCAGCUUGAUUUUUUCCAUUUUAAGGCAGUGAGUUAUAGUUCAUAUCUGCUUUUUACAUUAAAAAGUUUUUGCUCAAGCCGUGCCUUUAAUUUUUUCCCCAUUGGUAUCUCCUUCGGAACCAUCUCAUCGUACAACCAGUUUCCCUCUAGCCUAUCUAAACCAACCAUAGCUUUGCACAUCUCCAUCAACUCUCUGCAGACUGGAUGAAUAGCCAAACCCCUUCCCUCGUUUUCCCCAAGCAAAGUAAGCCCAGCUUCUCAGUCUGUGCUUGUAGUCAAGAUCUUUCAUCUUUAGAACUAUCCCAAUGCACCCUUCCCAGGACUUUUACAUCCUAAAAUGUGGUGUCAAAACCUGGGUAGAAUACUUCAGUUAUAGCCUAACCAGUGUUCUAUAAACAUCCAACAAAAUUUCCUGGGCUUUUGUACUGUCUACCUCUUUAUGAAUCUCAGGAUCCCAUAUGCUUCACUAACCAGUCUCUCAAUGACUCCUCCAGUUGCAGUGAUUUACAUCCAGAUCUCUGUUCCUUGCUGCGCGCGCGCGCACACACACACACACACAAAACCUGACUGGCAGCUGGGGUCUGCACAGUAAGAUCCUGCAAAGUGAAGUGAGGAGCAAAAUACUCAUCAAGUUUUGCUGGCUGUAUUGGCCGACAGUGGAAUGUUAGGCUAUGGGAACGCUCUGUGGAGGGCACAUGGGGACGUUGAGGUCUCCUGUGAUGGGGCUUAAGUGGCCGAGCUGUUGGGGCACCAAAGUAGCUUGAGGAACCACUGCCUGUGAUUGUUCCUCCUAAUGCUCUGACAUCCAUCCCAAGUUAACCCUUGCUGCAGAAUCUCCAAUAUUAAAUGGGUUCUGAAAGAGAAAGUUGUUGAAUGCACUCUGCAGGAUUCCCACUUCAAACAUCCCAAGGUGUACAGCAUCAUAGUUCCAUUUGACUCUCUCCCCAGCAUGGUGCACAAGAUCCGAACUGAAAUGAACAGUUGCCUCAUAUCCAGCCGUCAUUUCAAACCUGAGCUGACAUUUCACUUUUAUCAGGGAAAUACCUUCCCAAUCCUUCAGAGAACCAUAGAAAAUUGCCGUGGUUUCACUUGUGCAUUUGAGUGAAUACAAACUGAACAGUUGAGGACCCA